UUCUCCGUUUUUCAACGGAACAUCUGAAAUAAAUAAUCGUUUUCCUUUUCAUUUCUACUCCCAGUACUAGUUGCAGUAGCUACGUAUUUCUUUCGUUCACUCUUUAUCCCACUCUCUCCGAUUCCUAGGGUUUUUGCACUUCACUAUGGCUUCCCCAACUCAUUUCGACGACCAGGAAUUUGAUUUUGGAGGUGGAUUUAGUGGAACGCGUUCAGAUACUAUAGGUAAUAAGCGGUCAUCCCCUGAGUUCGAUGAUGGAGAUUUUGAUAAUGAUCGUUUCGGAAAGAAGAAGGCCAAAAGUCAAGCUGAAGAAGAAGCUGCUUCUGGUGUCACAACUGGAAUGAUUUUGUCUCUUCGUGAGAGUCUUCAGGACUGUAAGGAUAUGCUUGCCUCGUGCCUGAAUGAACUUGAUGAUGCAAAUUCCGAAAUUCAGAAAUGGCGUUCUUCAUUUCAAAAUGAACCAUUCAUACCUGCUGGGACCACACCAGUACCCAAAUUGGUGAUUAACUAUCUUCAAGCACUGAAAUCAUCAGAAGAGUCCUUAGGAGAUCAGCUUGAAAAGGCAAAGAAAAAGGAAGCUUCAUUCAUUGUGACAUUUGCUAAACGUGAGCAAGAGAUAGCAGAGCUGAAGUCAGCUGUACGGGAUCUCAAAGCUCAACUCAAGCCAGCAUCAAUGCAGGCAAGGAGGUUCUUACUAGAUCCGGCACUUCAUGAAGAGUUCACGCGAUUAAAGAAUUUAGUUGCGGAAAAGGACAAAAGAGUAAAGGAGUUGCAAGAUAACAUUGCUGCUGUAAACUUUACAGCCCAAAGCAAGAUGGGGAGGUUGCUGAUGGCUAAAUGUAAAACUCUGCAAGAGGAAAAUGAAGAGAUUGGGAAUCAAGCUUCUGAGGGCAAGAUUCAUGAAUUAGCAAUGAAACUUUCAUUGCAGAAAUACCAGAAUGCGGAACUCCGAAAUGAAUUUGAAGGGUUGCAGAAGCAUAUGGAUGGAUUAACCAAUGAUGUGGAAAGAUCCAAUGAAAUGGUUUUUAUCUUGCAAGAUAAAUUAGAUGAGAAGGAUCAGGAGAUCCAAAGACUGAAAGAUGAGUUGCAACAAAAAAGCUUUGCAGAGAACAGAGGCUGCAUUUAAUGGGGACAGAUUGAUGAGAUGAUACCUACAGAAGAUGUUAACUGAUAUCACUCUAAACUUCAAAAAAUUUGUUGGAAACUGUAAAUUCUAUGUGGUUUCCGUUGGUAGUUCACAGCUGUAUAGUGUAUACAAUUUGUUUGUUCGAAUUUUUGUGGCACGAAGGAUAUUUUAUUACUGCACGGUGGUUCUUAUGGAAUUAUAACGCCUGUAUUAACCACCCAGAUGCCAUCUCUGCGACUGAAUCAUCAGCACCCUGUGCAGGCUCCAAUCACGUUUGGAAAAGGUAUUUUGCUGGAUUUGAGAACAAUGGUCGAGAGGAUAAGCGUAAUACAGAAUGAUAGCCGAAGAUGUCACGUGAUUUAUUUAUUUUUAUUCAAGUCAAAUUUAACCCGACUCUUCAAAUCUAAUCAAACAGCUAUCCUGAAAUGUUUUCAAUUCUCAUUAUAAUUAUGGAUGUUUUUAUGUUGCACAUCAAUAGUAAUAUGUCUUAUGUUGUAAA